GUCUCUCGCGGUCUCUCGCGCCAUCGAUCGAAACGGGUCACUGAGUCUCGCAGCUUCGCCGGCGCCGGAGAGAGACACGACACGAUCGAUGGCGAUCGCGUCCAUGGCCGCCGCCGCCGCCGCCGCGAUCGUCGGCGCGGUGCGGGAGCACGUGCGGGCGAGCGACCUGGCGGUGGCCGGCGCGGUGCUGUUCGCGUUCAGCGCCGCCGUGAGCGCGGUGCGGGCGCGGCGCCGCGGGGCGCCGGUGCUGUGGCCGCUAGUGGGCAUCGUGCCCACGCUGUUCGUCCACCGCGACGACAUCUACGAGUGGGGCUCCGCCGCGCUGCUGCGCGCCGGCGGCGUGUUCCCGUACCGCGGCACGUGGGGCGGGGGCUCCUCCGGCGUCAUAACCUCCGCGCCGGCCAACGUCGAGCACGUGCUCAGGGCCAACUUCGGCAACUACCCCAAGGGGCCCUACUACCGGGAGCGCUUCGUCGAGCUGCUCGGCGGCGGUAUCUUCAACGCCGACGGCGAGGCGUGGCGCGCCCAGCGCCGGGCGGCCACCGCCGAGAUGCACUCGUCGCGGUUCGUGGAGUUCUCGGUGAGGAGCAUCGAGCAGCUGGUGUACGGCCGCCUCGUGCCGCUGGCCGAGCGGCUGAGUGGCGGCGGCGCCGCCGUCGACCUCCAGGAGGUGCUGCUCCGGUUCACGUUCGACAACAUCUGCGCCGUGGCGUUCGGGGUGGACGCCGGGUGCCUCGCCGACGGCCUCCCCGACGUGCCGUUCGCGCGCGCGUUCGAGCUCGCCACGGAGCUCUCGCUCCUGCGGUUCGUCACCCCGCCCUUCAUCUGGAAGGCCAAGCGGCUCCUCCGCGCCGGCAGCGAGCGGCGGCUCGUCGAGGCCACGCGCGCCGUCCGCGAGUUCGCCGAGCGGGCGGUCGCCGACCGCCGGAACGAGAUGCGCAAGGUCGGGAGCCUGCGCGGCCGGUGCGACCUCCUGUCGCGGCUCAUGUCAUCGGCGCCGGGCGCCGACUACUCCAACGAGUUCCUCCGCGACUUCUGCAUCAGCUUCAUCCUCGCGGGCCGCGACACGAGCUCCGUGGGGCUCGCCUGGUUCUUCUGGCUGCUCGCCGGCCACCCCGACGUCGAGUCCCGCGUCGUCGGCGACGUCCUCGCCGCGGGCGGCGACAUCAAGAGGAUGGACUACCUCCACGCGGCGCUCACGGAGGCGAUGCGGCUGUACCCGCCGGUGCCCGUCGACUUCAAGGAGGCCCUCGCCGACGACGUGCUCCCGGACGGCACGCCGGUGCGAGCGCGGCAGCGCGUGAUCUACUACACCUACGCGAUCGGGCGCGACCCGGCGUCGUGGGGCGACGACGCGGCCGCGUUCCGGCCCGAGCGGUGGAUGCGCGGCGGCGCGUUCGCCGGCGGCGAGAGCCCGUUCAAGUACGCGGUGUUCAACGCCGGCCCGAGGCUGUGCAUCGGGAAGCGGUUCGCCUACACGCAGAUGAAGACCGCGGCGGCGGCGGUGCUGUCCAGGUUCGCCGUCGAGGUGGUGCCCGGGCAGGAGGUGAAGCCGAAGCUGACCACGACGCUGUACAUGAAGAACGGCCUCAUGGUGCGCUUCAGGAGGAGGUCGCCGCCGCCACCGUCGCCGCCGCCGCGCCACGUCGUCGCCGACGACGACGACGACGACGACGUUGCAGCCGGUCGCCACGUUGCUGUCGGAAGCUGCAACAAAAAUCGUAAUCUCGAGGACUGGACUGAUCGCUGUACUGUGAAACAGCUCAAGAGUGAAGAGCAGCUGGUGCCGUCUCGCGCUGGACUACAGUGUGGCGGAAAAAGACGCGAUCGAUCAAAUCAUCAGACAUUUCUGCUUACUACUCCGUAUAUUUUUCUUGCCUGUGUGACUGUGUAUGUGUGUUCAUCUCUGGUGUACCCCAUCCGUCCCGAAAUAAGUGGACUCUAUAUCUAAAUUCGUAUGCUAGUACGAAGAUAGUUUAUUUUAGAGCGGAUGGAUACUAAAUAUUGUGAUACUAAACAAGUGUAUUCUACCUCUCAAAGAGGAUGUCUGCCCGUGUAUGUACCUUUAUUUCCAAAGAAAAAAGCAUAGUUUAAUUUUGUCCAUCAGCAA